AAAAAAACACAAACUUCGUUUUCUUCCAAACACCAAAACCUAGAACAACUCUUUCAGUCCACUGCGUUUCAGAAGAAGAAAAAGAUUAAAAUUUGACAAUGUAUUUUAGUACCCUCUUUCGUGAUUAAGCAGAAGAAACCAAAUGGGGGUUGGUGGUAAUUUCUGGGACCUGCUAAAGCCCUAUGCGCGCAAAGAGGGUUUUGAUUUCUUGAGGAACAAGCGAGUUGCAGUGGACCUUUCGUUCUGGAUUGUUCAGCACGAGAAUGCCAUCAAGGCCACGCAUGUCAGAAACCCCCAUCUAAGGCUUACCUUCUUCCGCACCAUCAAUCUUUUCUCCAAGUUUGGAGCACUUCCGGUGUUCAUUGUUGAUGGGACUCCAUCACCGUUAAAAUCACGGGCCAGGAUUGCGAGAUAUUUCCGGUCUUCUGGCAUUGAAUUGGCUAGCUUGCCGGUGCCUGAAGAAGGUGUUUCAGCUGAGAGGAACCACAUGUUUUCAAGUCAUGUUCAAAAAUGUGUGGAACUGGUUGAACUACUUGGAAUGCCUGUGCUAAAGGCUAAAGGAGAGGCUGAAUCACUCUGUGCUCAAUUAAAUAGUGAAGGUCAUGUAGAUGCUUGCAUCACAGCCGACAGUGAUGCAUUCCUCUUUGGGGCCAACUGCAUUAUAAAAUGUUUCUGUCCCAACUUCAAAGAACCAUUUGAAUGCUACAAUAUGUCUGAUAUUGAAGCUGGACUUGGAUUGAAGAGGAAACACUUAAUAGCUAUCUCUCUUUUGGUUGGAAAUGAUCAUGAUAUAAAGGGUGUUCGAGGGAUUGGGCUUGAUACUGCACUUCGUUUUGUUAAGGCUUUUAGUGAAGAAGAUAUAUUGAAUAGAUUACAUGAGAUAGGCAAAGGGAAUACUUCACAAAUUCCCAUCUGCAUUAAAUUUGAGGAUGAUAUGGAUAUGGAUGGGAACUCCCUAAAUAGAAAACAAUCUCACUGUUCACUCUGUGGGCAUCCAGGCAGCAAAAAAGAUCAUAUGAAAUUUCCCUGUGAAUUUUGUGUCACAAAGGCUGAUGAAGGUUGCCAGAGAAAACCAGAGGAUUUUAAAUGUGAUUGCUUCUCCUGUGAUAUGAAUAGGAAACAUAAGGAGAAAAAAAGACUGAAAAAUUGGCACACAAAAAUUUGUCACAAGAUUGCAGAGGAGCCAAACUUUCCCAAGAAUGAAAUCAUUGAUAUGUAUUUGUGCAAUGACAAUGCAAGUGAUGGCCCACACAUUGUAUGGGGAAAACCGAAUAUUGAGAUGCUGAUUGAUUUUUUAAACUUCCAUCAGCAUUGGGAACCAGCUUACGUUCGACGGAUGAUGUUUCCUAUGAUGUCAACCAUCUUUUUGAGAGAUAUGACAACAACUACAGAAGAGACUAUGUUAUUUGGGCAAUAUCAGUUUGAUUCCAUAGAACGUGUCAAGAUGAGAUAUGGAUACCAAUUUUUUGUGGUCAAGUGGAAACAUGCAGGGGUUAACAUUUCCUGUAAAGUUCCAUUGAAGGAAUCAAGUGUGCAACAGGAUGCUAUAAUAGAGCUUGAUGAAACGGUGGAUCUACUGGAUGACUGUGAUGUUCCAGAGAUUCAUGAAGACAGUGGGUGUCGUUUUCUGCUUACUGAUGAAAAUAUGGACCUUGUAGGUGCUGCUUUUCCAGCAGAAGUCAAAAGGUUUUGGCAAGAGCAGGAACUGAAAAGAAGAAAGAACUCAACAUCAAGAUCUCAAGAAAAUGAAAAAUCACCAUCACCAAACUCAAGAAGUAUUCAGCUAAACAUUACAGAGUUCUACCCAUCAACCAAAGUUAAACAUCGUCAAUCAAAACAAGGAGGAGGAGAGUCAUCCAAGAUUGCUGAUAGUCAAGGCAAUGAGGGCUCAAAAAUGAAAAGGAAAAUGUCAAGUCCUGAUAAGAUUCCAAAAUCUGUGAGGCGUCGCCUUUUGUUUGAUUAGUAUGUAUAUAUGCUUGAGUUAUGAUAUCUACUGACUUAGUGACUAUAGAGUUGUAUUGACCUUAUAAUUUUGUUACGGUUGAAUACAGGUCAGUGAGUAUAUAUUUAACAUAAUAUAAGUUUGCAGUCGUAUAUAUUUAACAUAAUAUAGUUUAGUAUAUAGUUUUCUUUUUUUCGAA